AUGGUUUCUACAGGCAGAGGCGGCGCAGGUAAUAUCAUGUCGGACAAGGAGUCCGAACUAGCCCAGGUUCAGAGUCAUCAGAAGCACUUGGAACAUCAGAGAGAAGCCAAAGAUCACCAGCACGAACACGAAAGAGAGGGUCGCUCAGGAGAAAAACAGGUUUACUACUCGACAGGACGUGGAGGUGCAGGUAACAUGAAGAGAUCUUCGUCGAUCCCAUCUCCUAAGCUUGUGCCCCAGGGCAGCAACACCCCAGCAAUUACACAGAAUAAAUUCACUACUGGCAGAGGCGGCUACGGAAACAUGGUGGAAAACGAGGACCCAGAGCUCACGCGGAAGCUUCAGGACGUGGACGGUAAAAAGACCAAAGAUGAAGACUUGCAUGCUGUGUCGUCGACAAAGUCCUUUUCCGUUGGCCGUGGAGGGUUUGGCAAUGUUGUUUCUGCUGACAACAGCUCGGGGCUGGGCAGCAACUCGAAUAACUUAUACACGGUGGUGAGCCAAGGGUCCAAACACCACGAGAAGAAGAAGGGGUUGAUGCAGAAGGUAAAGGGCCUCUUUGGGGCAUAA